UCGCUCGUCCAAGGAACGGACAGAGAGAGCAGUUCUUCAUCUCCACGCCCCACGACAUUCCCUAGCUUUUCUUUCUUCUUUUUUUCCCCUUUCUUUUAUUUUGACGGUGCAUGAUGCGCAAUAGUUGCAAUGGCUGAGCUGUACCCAUCUCUGGCACAAUGCGCCAUCGUCGCCGCCGCUUUCAAGGUUCUUCUCUUCCCCGCCUAUAAAUCUACCGACUUUGAGGUCCAUCGAAAUUGGCUCGCAAUCACGAAUUCGUUACCGGUUAAGGAAUGGUACUAUGAGAAAACAUCGGAAUGGACCCUCGAUUACCCACCGUUCUUUGCGGCCUUCGAAUGGAUCAUGUCGCAGGCAGCACGUUAUGCGGACCCGGCCAUGUUGGUUGUCAACAACCUGAACUAUGAUUCCUGGCAAACCGUCUACUUUCAGAGGACAACGGUCAUUCUCACCGAGCUCGUCCUGGUCUACGCACUGAGCAAAUUUAUCAAUUCCGUGCCGCAGCAGAAUAAGCACCUUGCGCAUAUUGCCGGUCUCUCGAUCUUGCUGUCCCCCGGCUUGCUUAUUAUCGAUCACAUUCAUUUCCAGUACAACGGCUUUCUGUACGGCAUCCUGAUCUUGUCAAUUGUUCUCGCCCGGAAGCAGUCGACCCUUCUGUACAGUGGCAUUUCUUUCGCGAUUUUGCUCUGUUUGAAACACAUCUAUCUCUAUCUCGCGCUAGCUUACUUUGUUUACUUACUGAGGGCCUAUUGUCUGGAUCCCAAGUCGGUUUUUCGGCCCAGGUUCGGAAAUGCUUUCAAACUCGGACUCGGGGUUCUCGGUGUGUUUGGUAUUGCCUUUGGUCCAUUUACCCAUUGGAACCAGCUUUUUCAGCUGAAGGAUAGGCUUUUCCCCUUCUCACGGGGUCUGUGCCAUGCCUACUGGGCGCCCAAUAUCUGGGCCAUGUAUUCCUUUACGGAUCGUGUUCUGAUUCCACUUGCUCCACGGUUGGGCCUUCGGGUCAAUCACGAUGCUCUCAGCAGUGUCACGCGUGGGCUUGUCGGUGACACUUCCUUUGCCAUCCUCCCGGAAGUCACCAAAGAACACACCUUUGCAUUGACAUUUAUAUUUCAACUUCUUCCAUUGGUUAAACUUUGGUUCCGACCUGACUGGGAAACCUUUGUCGGUGCCAUCACCCUUUGCGGAUACGCCUCUUUCUUGUUUGGUUGGCACGUUCACGAAAAGGCUAUCCUUCUCAUAAUCAUCCCGUUCAGUCUGAUCGCACUCAAAGACCGACGGUACUUCAGUGCAUUCCGACCCCUUGCGGUGGCGGGUCACGUCUCGCUAUUCCCAUUGCUCUUUACAGCGGCCGAGUUCCCCAUCAAAACCGUCUACACCGUGCUGUGGUUGGUGCUGUUUCUCUUUGUUUUCGACCGAGUGGCACCGGUCCCAGAGCGACCUCGAAUCUUUUUGUUCGAUCGAUUCUCCUUGCUGUACUUGACGGUGGCAAUUCCACUGAUUGUCUACUGCUCUUUGCUACACCAGCUGAUCUUUGGGCUUGACCGCUAUGAGUUCCUGCCGUUGAUGUUCAUGAGCAGUUACUCUGCUUUGGGGGUGGUUGGUAGCUGGGUUGGAUUUAUGGUGGUCUACUUUUCAUAGACAGAACUAGCUGUUGGAGAGUGAUAAAAAAAAUACUGUAGAUAGACCAAAAUAUUAUAUCGAAUUGAGGGUAUCAAAAUACAUAUCAGCUCGACCAUGAUGUAAUAACAACAAC